GUAGUUAUCAAUCAUUUUCAUCCUAACGUUGUUGGCAACGAAUUCCCCUUGCCUAUAAGUGUAGACUGAACCGCAUACGCAUAGACCUUCACCACUCUUCAUUUCAUUGUUUGCAAUCACUACCCUUUUUAUCUUCCUUCAAACCUUUCUUUACCAGAUAAUACAAAAAAAAUGGCCGGGGCUUUGGUGGGUGGAGCUUUCCUCUCUGCUUCCCUCCAAGUUAUUUUCGACUGGAUGGCUUCUCGUGAGGUCUUGGACUUCGUUAGGGGAAAGAAACUUGAAGAUGGCCUUCUUAAGAAACUGAAGUCAAUGCUCAUGUCUGUUAAUGCAGUGCUGGAUGAUGCUGAAAAUAAGCAGAUUACCGACCCGAAUGUCAGAAGCUGGAUUGAUGAGCUCAAAGAUGCUGUGUACGAUGCGGAGGACCUCCUCGAUGAGAUCGAUGCUGAAGCUCUUCGAAACAGGAUGGAUCAAACUUGUACUGUAAAGCAAGUAAGUCGCUUUUUCUCUUCUCUCAAUCUUUUCAAAGAGCCGAUGGAGUCAAGGCUGGAUGAGAUCCUUGGGAGACUAGAAUCUCUAGUCAACCAAAAAGACACCCUCCGUUUGAAAGAAUUUAGAGGAGAAAAGGCAUUUCAAAGAUCCCGUCCAACUUCUUCGGUGGAUGAAUCUGGUGUUUAUGGCAGAGAUGAUGAAAAAGAAGCAAUACUGAAAUUGCUGGACCCAGAAUAUGCAAGUGACAAUCAGAUGGAUGUGAUACCUAUUGUGGGUAUAGGCGGGAUUGGGAAAACCACCCUUGCACAAUUGAUCUACAAUGACAAGCAAGUGGAGGAAUGGUUUGACCUCAAAGCAUGGGUUUGUGUUUCAGAGGAAUUUGAUGCUUUGAAGGUAACCAAAACUAUUCUUGAUGAGAUCAAUUGUAGCUGUGAUGAUAGUAAGAAUCUCAACAAGCUUCAACUUGAACUAAAGAAGAAGCUGUCGGGAAAGAAGUUUCUAUUCGUUUUAGACGAUGUUUGGCACAAGAGAUAUGUUGACUGGGAAGAAUUGAAAAGUCCUUUCACUUCUGGGGCAAAGAAUAGCAAGAUUAUUGUAACAACACGUGAUGAAAACGUUGCAUCAAUCAUGCAGAACGUUCCAACUUAUCGUCUUAAUAUCUUAUCUGAAGAUGAUUGUUGGCGACUGUUCGCAAAACAUGCAUUUGUCAAUACAAGCCCAAGCAUGCAUCCAAAUUUGAAGGGAAUCGGCGAAGCAAUUGCCAAGAGAUGCAAAGGUCUUCCUUUAGCUGCAAAAGCACUCGGAGGUCUCCUGCGGUGUAAACCAGAUGCUGAUGAAUGGGAUAAAAUAUUACACAGCAAUUUGUGGGACCUACCAGAUGACUCAGAGUGGGAUUAGAAGACAAAGAAGAACUUGGUUUCAGAUCAGAAGUUCUACACUGAGAGUGAAGAUGGGCAAGAUGAGGAGCAAGUGUUUAACAGACAUGCAGGAGAAGAUGACGGAAAUGUAUCUGAUGCUUUUGAUUCUUUUGCUCAGAACUGGCAGCAGAACAACCCUACUUCCUUCAAAACUUCAUGGCCUCAAAGUUACAGGUCAUUUCUCUUAUC